AUGCCAGUUAUACGGAAACGCGAGCGCAAGGGUCGCAUUCAUGACAGAAGCAACCUAUCUAUUAAGGAGCGUGUUCUUCGUGGAAAAAACGAGAUUUCCCAAGAGUCGCAUGAUACGGACACCAGUUUUGAUUCGUCUGAAGACGAUCAAGAGUCGGAUGCAAAUGUGUACGAUGUGGACAAAAUGCUUAAAAUGAAGCGCCAAAGUCAGGAAGCAGACAGUGACUCUGUGGCUACGGAUGAAUUGGAAAGUGAAGAGGCUGACACUGAUGCGGAUGAAGAAGCGGUGUUACUCGAGGCCAUGAAACGUCGUGGUCUUCUCCCUCCUGAAGCCGAAUCCAUUCCUAAUGAACUCAUCGACGACGGGCAUGAAGAGGAAGUCGUCGAGAGUGAGGAAGAGGGUGAAGAGGACGAAGAGGUUGAAGAGGACGAAGAGGGUGAAGAUGAUGAAGAGGAUGAAGAUGAUGAAGAGAAUGAAGAUGACGAGGAGGGCGAUGGAAAUACCGACAACGAUGAUGGAUCUUUCUUUCUUGGCUUCGAUACGGACAAUAAGCCCAAGUCAAAGCGUCAAGGCAUCGGUGAAUCGGAACGGAGCCUCGGAUUUAAAGAAUGGGCACUUGGCGCAUUGAAGCUGGCUCGUCCACCGCAAGAUAGCUCCGAGGAACACCCCCCGUUGCCUGUCGGUGGCCGCGUUGAUCGUGUGCGCGAUAUCGGCCCUCAGGACGGAAAAAUCCGAGGUCCCCUUGGUCAGGAAGCCUCUUCGAUUCGAUCUCUCUUCACAGAACGCUAUUAUAACGACGAGUCGAUCUUUCGACAGAUGCGAAACGAUGCACCUGCGUUACAAGACGCUCGCAUGAGUCUUCCCGUGGUAGCAGAGGAAGACUAUAUUCUCCGCACCAUUCAAGAGAACCCUGUGACUGUCAUCUGUGGUGAGACAGGCAGUGGUAAGACUACGCAAGUCCCACAGUUUUUAUACGAAGCGGCCUUCGCUACGGUAGGAAGUGCGAACCCUGGCAUGAUUGGCAUCACACAACCACGUCGAGUUGCUGCGGUGAGUAUGGCUCGGCGAGUAGCUGAAGAGCUGGUGUUGGAUGACCACCGGGUCUCUUAUCAGAUCCGUUAUGACGCCACCACGAGUCCCCAAACCCAGAUUAAAUUCAUGACCGACGGUGUGCUCCUACGUGAACUUGCUCAAGAUCUUUCCCUGUCCAAAUACAGUGUCAUUAUUGUGGAUGAGGCGCAUGAACGCAGCGUAAACACCGAUGUAUUGAUCGGCAUGCUCAGUCGUGUUGUUCGCAUGCGAGAGCAGCGCUGGGUUAACGGCCCUGCUGGCAUGGCCGCUCCCCGACCUUUACGCCUUGUCAUCAUGAGUGCAACAAUGCGAGUGGGUGACUUUACGAAAAACACUACGCUGUUUACAACGCCACCACCCGUGGUGCAUAUUGGCGCGCGGCAGCACCCUGUGACGAUCCACUUUAACCGACGCACAGUGCAGGACUACGUGACGGAAGCUGUGAAGAAAGCCUCUAAAAUCCAUACACGUCUCCCGCACGGUGGGAUCCUUAUUUUUAUGACAGGCCAACAGGAGGUGCAGACGGUCUGCCGCAAGCUGAGACAAAAAUAUGGUCCUCAUGUUACCUCAAAGUCUACAGAUGUGCCGUCAGAGAAGCACACUGUCUCUGCGCGCGUAGCAGAUACAGAGGCGGAGGAAAUGGAGCUGGGAACGGGGGACACGCCACAGGUGGACGAAGCAGAUGUGGAUGGCAGCGUCGAUGACGAGGCCCUAGACAGUGACGACGAGGUCCACGAAUUAGCAGACUCGGACAUGCCGAUGCACAUCUUGCCACUGUACUCGCUACUUCCCUCCCAUGAGCAACAGGCCGUAUUUGAUGACCCUCCGCUGAACACGCGUCUCGUUGUCGUUGCCACCAAUGUGGCCGAAACGUCUAUCACCAUCCCCAAUAUCAAGUAUGUGGUUGACUGCGGCCGUUCGAAGGAACGGCACAUGGAUUCUCGGAGUCAAGUGCAGUCGUUCCAUGUAUCGUGGAUUAGCAAGGCUAGUGCCGCACAGCGAGCAGGUCGUGCUGGACGUACUGGACCAGGUCAUUGUUACCGACUCUAUUCGUCUGCCGUGUUUGAAGAACAUUUUGCUGACUUUGGCAUGCCUGAGAUUUUGCGCAUACCCGUGGAUGGCCUAGUGCUACAGAUGAAAUCGAUGAAUAUUGAUAACGUGGCCAACUUUCCCUUCCCGACACCCCCAGAUCGGAGUGCUCUUCAGCAGGCUGAGCGCAUGCUUGUGCAUAUUGGUGCUUUAGAAAACAAAGAGGCGUUCGUCGGCACUAAGCGACAUAUCCAUGCUACCGUGACGAGCCUCGGUCGCGUAAUGGCACUUUUCCCUGUGGUGCCGCGCUAUGCAAAGCUUUUGGCGCAAGGACAUCAACAUCAAUGCCUUGCUCAUGCAAUUGCCCUUGUGGCAGCGUUGAGUGUGGGAGAUAUUUUUGAGCGAGAGGACUCCCUGUAUGUUCCCGACGAAGAUCCUGUCGCUGCGAAAGAAGCUCGGCGUGCGGCACGUUCCAAGUACUUUAAGAAGCUGCACACAUUCGAUUCGUUGGGCGACGGUCUGAGUGAUGCAUUCCGUCUGCUCAGCGUGGUUGGUGCAUAUUCCUAUGAAGCGACUCGUGGCAACUCGAUGCAGUUCUGCCGCGAUAAUUUUGUGCGGAUCAAGGCCAUGGAAGAGAUAAACAAACUCCGUGCCCAGCUUAGCAGCCUAGUCGUGGCAAACCUUACUGCUCUGUCGAAUACCGAUACCGUUGCCCUACAACAACCUGAGCUCAUCCCCCCAAGCCCCACGCAAUGCAAAGUUCUCCGGCAGCUUUUGUGCGCCAUCUAUGUUGAUCGAGUUGCUGUGCGCGCGGACAUUGUCGCUGCACCAGAAGCAGAGCUGCAAGUACGUGCCCAAACGAGCAAGGGUGGUGCUCGAGGCGUUCCGUAUGUCGCGCUGGGUGUACCUGGGCCUGUGUAUCUUCACCGCAGCUCCACGUUCUUCCAGCGUACUGCGCCUGAAUGGAUCGUGUUUGGUGAGGUGCACCGCAGUGCACCGAAGGAAGCCGUCGUCGAUGGUGAGCCGCCACCGCCUACGACUACGUGGCUAAAAAUGCUGACAAGGAUUAAUCCUGCGUGGCUGUCUACCUUAGGUCGAUCACUUUGUACCUUUUCCCAACCUUCUGAGACGGCUUCGGCAGAGGCGCUUUCGACCUCUAUGCAAUCACUCAAGCGGGGCGAGAGUACGACCAUGCAGCGUCAAGUACUGCUCACCCCGAGGUAUGGCGGGUCCAUGCAGGACGGUGCCGCUGCGGGCGGCCUGGGCUGGGAACUGCCGCCCAUCAAGGCUACGCAACUGCUUGUGCACGGGCGAUGGACGACCCAAAUGUGA